ACUCUACUCGGCUCUCGUGUGAAGGGUAAAUGUGUAGUUUGCUCGCUGUAGAGGACAAAUCAAUGUGAACAGGCAAAGUUUGUGUAAGAGUUCAGAACCUUUGCUGCCAUGGCUCGGGCACGGCUUUGCCCAGUGCUGGCUGUCCUCCUCCUGGUGGUGACCUUACCUGCACUGUCUCAGGCACAGUUCCUUAAUUGGCUCGGCUGGGGUGCAAAGCCAACGAUUCUUGCUACCCCUACGGCGAAGAUAACCACAGACUCUGCAAUUUUGGCUACUACUACUACUGCAGCACCGAAUUCCUCUGCUACAUCAUCUCCCGAAGGAAGCAGCCUUCCUGCGGCAGUGACAGUUGUAGACAACGAGACGUCUUCUACAGGGCGGGAUGAAAAGGACCUCACACCUGCAACUUCUCCAUCUUCACAGCCUGCAGCUACAGCAUCUUUAUCUGCAGGUGUGUCUUCUCCAUCUAACCAGACUUCCGUCCCCGCAGCUGCUGCAACGACAAAUCCAAACGCAUUAACCACACACAAACAGCCCGUUGGCACUGGGACUACAGAAGCCUCUUUGAACCGUCAGCUGCGGAUUCCAGAAUCCCCCGAGACCGUUAAAAAGCCUCCAGAAAAUCAGAUAUUCAGUAUUUUUCAGGUUCAGGAAGAGGAGCUAAGCAGCGGUUCUGAUGCUCAGCCUGCAACACCUACAUCAAAGAAUGUACCUACCUCCGCGCCUGAAGCCUCAACCACUCACAAGAGCGAAGAUAAAAAUAUUGCUGGCGUGGGUGCUGAGAUCUUAAACGUGGCUGAAAAUAUUCGAAAUUUCAUGAAUGUUUGGGAAGAGAAAGCGAAGGACUUGAUGACUUCUACUGACAAUCCACCUGCUGAACAAGGGUUAGGGGAGUUAAUCAACAUGACGCUUCCUACAAAUCAAAGUGGCGACUUAAGUCAGUAUGGCACGGGGCAGGCCGACAGUGCCAACACCACAGAAACACAUGCACGUAGUCAAUUGGCCCUUUCCAAUAACCAGACCUUAAACGUCACGCAGGUGCCUUCGGGAAACGUUACGUCUGCUCAACCAGAUCGGGAAAAUGUAGAGGUUGGCCUCCUGCAGCUCAUUGGAGAUCCACCGCCAGAAGAGAUCACUAAAAUCUUUGGCCCUGAUAGGACUCCCGGCUAUGUAUUUGGAGAAGAUGCCAACACUGGACAGGUGGCACAGUACCACCUUCCUAGCCCCAUGUUUAGGGACUUUUCUAUUCUCUUCCACAUACAGCCUACCACUACCAAGGCCGGAAUGCUGUUCUCCAUCACUGAUGCUUCACAGUCUAUUGUGUACAUUGGAGUGAAGCUGUCAGAAGUCAAAGAUGGUAAGCAACAGAUCAUUUUUUUCUACACCGAGCCUGGAUCAACAGUGACCUUCCCUGCCGCCACCUUCAGCGUCCCAGCACUGACAAACCAAUGGACACGCUUUGCCCUCAGUGUGGAAGAAGAGGAGGUUGCCCUGUUCAUGGAGUGUAAUGAACUGAAGAGGGUCCGUUUUGAGAGGUCACCUGAUGAGAUGGAGCUGGAAGAUGGAUCUGGGCUUUUCGUGGCUCAGGCUGGAGGGGCUGAUCCCGACCGCUACCAGGGUGUGAUAGCAGAAAUAAAAAUUAAAAACGACCCCAGAGCUGCAGAGCUUCAGUGUGAAGAGGAAGGAGACGAUUCUGAUGGGGCAUCUGGAGACUUUGGCAGUGGCCUUUCAGAAGAGGAAGUGGUUGAGGUGACUCGAGCUCCGAAGGUAAUAGCGGUGGCUCCUAUGACAGUACCCCCCAUACAGAGACCAUCUGUAGUAAAUGAGCCUAAGGUCAUCAAGGAAGUUCAAGAGACUAUACAGAGAGUGGAAGUUUCAGGUAAACCCGGACAGAAAGGAGAGAAAGGAGACCUAGGCGAUCGUGGUAUGAAGGGUGAAAUAGGACCAUUUGGGCCUAAAGGAGAGAUUGGUGACAGUACAAGUGCGGGCAUUGGCCCUAAAGGUGAUAAGGGCCAGAAAGGAGAGCUUGGAGUCAAAGGUGAUGCUGGAUUUGGAUAUAAUGGUCCUAAAGGACAGAAAGGAGACCCAGGAGCAAGUGGACCACCAGGACCCCCUGGAGUCUCUGGGCCUUCUGUUGUCCAGAAAGCUGAUGGCUCAACUGUGCAGCAGAUUACAGGACCACGGGGCCCCCCAGGUCCUGAAGGGCCCCCAGGAAAAGAAGGAGAGCCUGGUGAUCCUGGUGAAGAUGGCAAAGCUGGUGAAGUUGGACCUCAAGGAUUUCCAGGAACCCCAGGUGAUGCAGGAAAGAAAGGAGAUAAGGGUGAUCCAGGAGUUGGACUUAGAGGACCUCCAGGUCUACCUGGACCCCCAGGCCCACCUGGUCCAGGUACCAAAACGGACAAAUUGACAUUUAUUGAUAUGGAGGGUUCUGGCUAUGGCCCAGAUCUGGAAAACUUUAGAGGACCAUCUGGUUUGCCUGGUCCACCUGGCCCUCCUGGAGUACCUGGAUUACCAGGGGUACCAGGAACCUUUGGUGGAAACAGCACUGCAAUCCCAGGACCCCCUGGUCUGCCCGGUAGACCUGGACAAGACGGAAUGGCUGGACCCCCUGGCCCACCGGGUCUCCCUGGAAAAGAUGGAAACCCAGGGACCGCUGGCCUUGCUGGAGAAAGGGGUACUGAUGGUGAUAUCGGACUUCCAGGAGCUCCUGGGUCUAAAGGAAGUACGGGAGAACCUGGUAUUCCUGGAACUCCUGGAGAAACUGGAUUAGCUGGACUUCCUGGACCAAUCGGACCCCGUGGAUUGCCUGGACCUCCAGGUCCACCUGGCCCUUCUGGACGUGGAACUGCUGAUGGAUUUGAUGACAUGGAAGGUUCGGGUAUUACUUUUGGUGGCCGAGCCAUACAGGGAAGGCCUGGAAUUCCUGGGGAAAAGGGAGAUGCAGGAUUUACAGGACCAAAGGGGGAUCGAGGAAUUCCUGGUUUGGAUGGAAGACCUGGACUGGACGGAUUCCCUGGCCCUGAGGGUCAAAAGGGAAACAGAGGUGAUCAAGGAGAACGGGGAGAGCCAGGCCGUGAUGGAAUUGGCAUUCCUGGACCACCCGGACCUCCUGGGCAAAUCAUUUACAGAUCAUCUGAUGGCGCAGAUAUCAUUGGUGGAAUUGGAGAGGGUACUAGAGGCUACAAAGGCGAGACAGGGGAACAGGGUUACCCAGGACUGCCUGGACUGAAGGGAGAUAAGGGAGAGGCAGGAAGGAUCCUGGGCCCUGAUGGUUCGCUAUUUACUGGAGGAGUAAAGGGUGAUACGGGACCAAGAGGCCCUAGUGGACCUAUGGGACCAGUGGGUCCUUCUGGACAGAAAGGAGAAAUUGGAUUCCCUGGAAGACCUGGUCGUCCUGGUGUGAAUGGACUUAAGGGAGAGAAGGGAGAAACUGCUGAUCCUACUGGCUAUGGAAUUAGGGGGCCAGCAGGUCCUCCCGGCCCUCCUGGUCCUCCAGGGCAAGCAGUGUAUGGUGAUCCACGUGCUGCUGGGCCUCAAGGAUAUCCAGGUCAAAAAGGCGAGAGAGGAAUUCCAGGAACAAAAGGUGAUCAAGGAGACGUUGGCCCUGCUGGACCACCAGGAACAUUCCCAUAUGAUUUCAGCAGCUUUGGAAGGGGGGAGAAAGGAGAAAAGGGAGAACCUAGCGUUGGCGAUGGUCAAGGAAUUCAAGGACCUCCCGGCAACCCUGGAUAUCCUGGACUGCCAGGUGCUAAAGGAGACAGCAUUCAAGGUCCUCCUGGGCCACGUGGUCCACCAGGAGCUGCUGGUGUAGGAUAUGAAGGAAGACAAGGACCACCUGGGCCACCAGGACCUCCAGGUGCUCCUGCACAACAGGUAUACCCUGGACCUGGGCCCAAUAGACCAGUUCUAAGCGUUCCGGGACCACCAGGACCCCCUGGGCCACCUGGACCCCAAGGAGGAUCAGGAGGAUAUUCUUCGGCAACGGUAUUGCAGACGUUUCAGACAAUGAUUAAUCUGCGGCAGUCCUUGCAGGAAGGGACCAUUGUACUAGUGCUGGAAACAGCAGAUCUGUAUGUACGAGUCAGAGAUGGCUUCAGAAAGAUUCUUCUUGGAGAAUAUGUAACCGGCAAUGGUCAGGGUAAUGAAAUUGCUGCGAAAGAACCUCCUGUGGUCAUUUAUCCUUCUGGUAACAGAGACUCGGGAUCCUAUCAGUCUACAGAUGAGUAUGAGCCUCCCAGGAAUGAAAGACCACCACCAGUUAAUCCCCGUCCUCCACAGCCACCACCUCAAGUGUUCCCCAAGCCGGAGCCAGAAGACAAUGUUCCUGUACAUACACACCAGGAGUACCAGGCAGCGUUACACUUGGUGGCUCUGAAUGCACCCCUAACUGGCAGCAUGCGCUCCAUACGUGGCGUGGACUUCCAGUGCUUUGAACAAGCCCGCAAAGCUGGACUUCACGGGACAUUCCGAGCGUUCCUUUCUUCGCGUCUUCAGGAUCUGUACAGUAUUGUUCGCAAAGCUGACAGGCUGUCUGUGCCAAUCGUUAAUCUCAGGGAUGAACCACUGUUUGACAACUGGGAGGCCCUUUUUGGCUCAGAAGGACAGAUGAAUCCUGGAGCUCGCAUUUACUCAUUUGAAGGAAGGGAUGUUGCAACAGAUUCUACUUGGCCACAGAAGAUGAUCUGGCAUGGAUCCGACGCCAAGGGUCGGCGUCUAACAGAGAGCUACUGUGAGACCUGGCGCACAGAUGAAGGCAUAGUCACCGGCCAGGCUUCCUCUGUCACAAACGGGAAACUUCUAGAGCAGCGUCCUCAGAGCUGCAAUAAGAACUUCAUUGUCUUGUGCAUUGAAAACAGCUUCAUGCCCGCUGGCCAGAAGUAGGCGCACGCUGAGCAGUCAGAGUGGUGCUGAUGCUGACAGAGGCUGCACGCGGACUUCCUGAGAUUCCUUUCUUGCGUCCAGAGACCAAAGAGUGUGUGAAGCUGCUCUUCUGUGAACAUUCAUGUGCAGCGUUACUGUCCCCUGGCUUCAUGAGGCCACAUCACUAGGAUACACUGUCUGAGCUAUUCCCUGCCUCAGCUUGGCAACAGAACUUUUAAGAAAUUUCCAGUUUUUACAUCCUGAAAGAGGCUGCAAAUCCGAAAACCGCUAUGAAAACCCAGCUGAUUAAACAUUGACCCUAUCUGUGCCCUUUCUACUGAAAGCCCCAUCUUGCCCAGAGCCAGUGGCGGCCUGUAAACAAACUGUCCUAAGAAGAACCGGCCUGAGAGCAGACAUAUAAUGGAUGCAGAGCUCAUUGACGCAUCCAAGUUGGAAUAGCCUUUAUUUUAUUCUGUAAUAUUUAACCACUUGUAGUUACAGAGACACAUGCAUAUCUCUUCAUUAAUCUCUUGUGAAUGUCUGUUUCCUAGGUCUCUAUGUCAAACAUCUGGUGAUUACCACUAUAUUUAUUAGAGUACAGCUUCCUAGGAAACUUUUAUGGUUGUGUACCUACAGGACCCAGUAUUUACUGAGCAGCCUUCAGACUUUAGAGUGCUUCUAAAGUGUAGUCUUUAGGUUGGUUAUUGCAGUAAAUGCUGUUUUCAGUAUACUGAGGCUGCUCUAUACUUGACCUAUGUAGCCCCGAUGAGGGUACUUUGGACCUUUCUAUUUGUUAUUCAGGAUGUAUGUGUUGGAAUUUACUGUUAUAUAUAUUUUCUUAAACAUGUUUCAGAAUGAGAUGAAUAGAAAGAGAAGCACGUUAGCCUGAGAUUUCCCAGCUCUGCGAAGAAUAAAACCGAUUGGUAUGGAUAGAGCAGGAAAUAGUUAAAACCAUUGACUUUUUUGUUAUCUAUGUUCCAUUGGGGAGAUUUUUCUUCCCUUCCUGUCCUGUAGCCACAGCAAGAAGUGAGAGGAAAUCUCUGUUAGGUAAAGGAAAUUACCUUUUAGACAUCACAAGUGUCCCCACUGGAAUAUUUCCCCUCUAAUACUGUUCUAUUGGCAAGUCGAAAUUAAAAGUUUCCCACCAUUUUCUUUACCAGUGGUCUCCAAAAAAAUAGGGGAUUACUCUCUCUCUGGAAACACAGACCGCAAUAAGAACAAGCUAGAGGUUCUAAUUCUUCUCUACUCUAUCCAAACCAGAAAACAAAUGGGUUUACAUAUACUUGGCCCCUUAAUAAAGUUAGGUAGUAUUUUGCAAAUUAAUCAAUUCACCAAGCUAUAUACCAUAGGUGUUAUUUCACAUAAUAAUUGUGACUAUUAGUUUCAACUGCCAUUGCUGAUGAUAAUGGUAAAAAACAAAGAUUGUUUUAGCCAAAGCUGUGCUAUGGUGGGCAUGUGGCAAAAGGUGCCUCUCUGCACCUCAAAGGCACCUCCUGCUGUGAUUAAAAAUAGGAACAUUCAUUUUAUUCAAGUUUUUUUUCCCAGAUGCUAAUGCUACCCGCAUACAUCACUCUGUAGCCAGCUAGGUCGGAGCCCUUGUGUGCAUCCAGGCCCCAUAGACAUCUUUUGUUCUGCUAUAUCUAUAGUUCUGCCCUCGUUUGGGCUUAGUGCAUUGAACCUAAUAUCUUAAACAAACUUUUGCUGCACUACCACAUUAAACCACUAGGAGGAGCCAUCAUACCUCAAUAAUCCUGCCUGGCGUUAGCUGCAAGAAACACUUUAAAAAAAAUGUAUUUAGGUCACCCUUCCAGUGCAAAUGUAGCACUGGUCCAGGUAAAGCACCCAUGAAUACACGCCCUUUAUAGUGUGCACUAAACCAAUUACUUUCUUUCCAGUACAGAGCAAGCCCAACUAUCAGUGCUGUCACUGUUUACAAGGUAACUGCAUUAGUACACACGCCGAUAACCAGCUGUAAUAAAACUAUGCCACACCAAUUAUUUUAAUGCCUGCUACAAUGCUAGAAAAAGACAGAUCGUUUCUAAAAGUAAGCUACAGAGAAUAGCAGAGAUCAGGUUUGCGAGGUGUUCCCCUUUAAGGACUAGUAGAAAACAAGUCUACAAGGAAUCCAAGGGCUUCCAUUACUGACCUUUCUGAAAAUGCAAGUUGCCUGGUGUUUAACCUGACCUACUGAUUUCAAUUUGUUGAGUCACUAAUCAAGGACAAGUAUGAAUGUCAAGAAACUCAGAGGUCUUUAUCACAAUACUUAUUUUGGGUCAGGGACUAAAAGUAUGGAAGCGAGAAGGGCCAGCCCGGCAACUAGCAUAUGCAGUAAGGGAAGGCAGCAAUUGCAGCUUCUGUGUUUCUUUUGAACCUUAAUGGAUUUUCAUUAUGUUUCAUUUACCUGUAUAAGACGUAUGGUAAUACAUCUAGUGGUCUCAAAAGCCAUCUCUGUAAGAUAAACCUUAUUUAGGACCAUCAAGGUUUUGCUGUGUGCUGCCAGGUAAGAGGAGGGGCUGUGACAACCCUGUGACAAAACAACAAUAGCAUAAACCAAGACUGUCUUGCUCAGCAUUGUUUGGUUCGUAAAGAACCUUUAAGAUCUAAGGCUCCGUUCACACCUAAUGCCGUAGUCGACUCCCAGCAGGGGUCCAAUGCGUCCUGGUUUACCAUUUCAGCCCAAAUUUUUGUCUGAAUUCGGACCAAAAGACGCACAGGGAUUCGCAUCGGAGAUAUGUGAACCGGCUCCAUAGCUCACAUUCUCUUGCUAUUACGUAUUGGAUGCGGAGAUCACACAUCCAAUUCGCAAUAGUGUGAACCCAGCCUAAAGAAUUGGUAUCCAUUUUUUCUGUUGAAUUCCUCCCACAGCUAUGUUUUCUAAUUGGGUGAAACUGGCCUUUAAACUGCAUUGUUACCUGUAUUUAAAGCAAGGUGCUGCGUUUUAAGACCUGUUUGCUGUUGGUUGUAUGUAUGUGUUAGGGCUGCAAUCUGGUUAUAAGAGUGCCUUAGCUGUGUACACAUUCAUUGUAAGCUUUGUGCAGCUGGGAAUGCACAUCGGUAUUUGAUGCUAGUAAGUCACCAGUGAUCACUCAUAUCCCUCAUUUGUCUAAAAGGUGCUAAAAAUCUUUAUUUUUUUAAAUGCUUUUAGAAUAUUUUAAGACAGGAAACAGAUGGAAGUCGUCUACCAUAAUCUUUGUAUUUUAAAAGAAGAAAAUGAAGCCUGUGGAUGUUUCAAGUUCAUGUCUAUAAAUACUUCCUAGGACUAA